GCCGCCGCUCUGCACCAGCCAAUAGCCGACCGGCCCACCAUGCAGCCCAACACUCCAGUAGCCGCAGCUGUACUCGCCGCCACCGCCGUCUUCGCGGUGUUGCUGGGAGCGGCAGUCUGCGUGCCCCAUCCAGAGGCCGAGGAGAUGACCCCGUCGCUGGAGCUAACGGUGGCGGCGAUGCUGCCAGUGGGGGCGGCUCGCGGGGGCGGCGUUCCGGAAGCAGAACGGGGCCAGGUGCUGGAGCUGCUGGCCGGAGCGCUCGCCUCCCGCCUCUCCGAGGCGCUCCACCGGGGGCGGCACGGCUGCGGCGGCAACUACACGGCGGCCGCGCUGGAGGCGGCCAUGAAGGCUCUGCUGCCCCCGGAGGCAGAGGACGCCGGCUGGACGCAGGAGGCGGCGCCGACUGGCUGGCGGCGGCUCGUCACGCACCGCCUGGUGCGACUCAGCCCGCCCCCCGCCGACGGCAGGCUGUUCUUCGACGACAUCGACCUCUCCUACCAGUCCAUCAUCACCCUCAUCGUCGAGAUGUUCGCCUCCAUGGUGGGCCUCGGUUGGGGCGCCUUCUCCACCUUCGCCAGCGGCUAGACGUGGCCGCUGACGAGGCGAUCGGAUUCGUUUAGCAUAGCCUCCACUCUCAUUAUCAUGUAUCUACCAUCUCUAAACGACAGUUAUUUCCACUACCAGCCAUUAACUAUAUCAUCUUAUCAGUUUAUUGUCAGUAUCACCAAUUAACGUUCUACUCGGCUGGCCUAUGACUCCAGCUGCAUCCACGUCCAUCGUGCUUAUUUCGUCUGCUGGUCGCCUUCUAGAGGCUGCCUCCCAUAUAGCUGCUCUCUGUAAGAUGCGCCCAAAUGAAAAGGAGACUACAGAUGCACGUGAAGAACAAUUUAAUUGCAGAUGAUUAUACAUACGUGUAUCAUAUCAUCAUGAAAAGCCCCAUCUAGCGACCAGAGUACUUGGUGAUCCCCUCUACAGAUGUAGUAGGUCUUUUAGUUUUCUGAAACACCCAUUUGGGUUAAGAAACUCUUCCAGCUUAAGCCGACAACGCAAGUGGGCGCGUUUUCCGUCGGUUUCCUUCUUUGCCACUUGGCAGGCACACUGGAUUCGUUUGCUUCUCUCGUUAUUCCUAAUACAAUACUGAGAUAUUGUAUCAUAUAGUUCUGGAUCGUUCGUCGCUCUGCAAACUCCAGUCUCGAGGAGGUGCAAAGAUACUUUUCAUCACCCUUCUUUCGAACUUUCUUUCUGCCCAAAGGCACAGAGUACAGAUGAGUGAAAGAAUGUUUUACAGAUUUUUCUGUAUUACAACACUUGGUUUCUGAAGCAAAUCAAAUUAGGUAAAUUACAGAGUAGAUAAAUAAAAGGAAGAGAAUAUUUGGCGAACAAACCAAAGACCUUUUCGACAUACACAGCUCAUGCGGCGAAAUACCUGACAAGUGUUUUUCAGUAGGAAAGAAUUGUACGAUUUACUGAUGUACAGUGCAAUUCUUUGGCCGUGAUGUGUUGAACAUCACAUCUGGUAAAAGUUCGCCAAGCCACACGCGUAAACCUCUGGAAGAAAUGCUCAGUUACAGCUUUGCAUGAACGUUGUAGUACUACGUUGAUACAGGGUUCAACUUCGGCCUUUAAUGUUUGUGUGGUCGUGUGCUCGUUGGCGUAAAUCCGAGACAUCACAAAAAGCCAGAGGAAUAAGUCCAUAUAUCUUGAACCGCAAGAUCGUGGCGGCUAUUUCCGGUCACCACAAUUCAUGUAAAAUCGUUAAUGUUUUGUGAGCGAUGAGGCAAUAAAACCAUUCUGCCGAAAACACAUAUCCUCAUGAGCGCUACCAUAUGUCUACAAGAGCACUUCCAAUUGAGCUUCAAAGAAAAGGAUUAUCAUAUUACGAUGCGUCUAUGAAAAGUUUUUGAAGAAGACUCGCCUCCCGCUAUUAUCGAGAAAUCCAUCAUGCAUUCAUCCAGGGACAUCAGCUUUCCAUUAAUGUAGAAUACAAGGCGAAGUCGUUCACUAUUCAUACUUAGUUGGGCAUAACGGCACGCUGUCUUUCGGGAUAUGCAUUAACCGACAGCGAUUACGUGGUGCAACGCCGGAACAGAAAAUGUCUCCUUUUCACUUGCGUGCGCAUUGAGUACUGCAGCAUCAUACAUUUAGUACGGCACUUUUUCAGCGCUGGCAAGGCGGAGUCAUCAGUAUCUCAGAAUGUAAAAGCUUAGCUCCUCUCUGUAUCUUGUUUUUGUACUUCCUAUUUAUUCGUGAAUAUAAAUGACCGUGCAACAACAGUGACGCCUGAAACAUAUUACUAGUCAUUCUUUUGAGUAAUUGUCUACCUCAAAUAGGCACCUUUGCCGAAAAACGUUUAUUUAAUGCAGAAAUAAUAAUCUUUGUCCAAUGACAUACUGUUUGAUGAUGUUAAAUCUGUUAUGCAAAUGUGAAAUAAA